GGGUGAGUAAAUAAUAGCAGAAUUUUCAUUUUUCGGGUGAACUAUCUCUUUAAUGGCUAAUUCACGUCUAGUACAUUUAUUGAGAUGCACAGAGGCUGGGAUUCCCCUUGGCAUGGAAACUAUAGUCCUCAGGAGAGACAGGUCACAUGAUUGAGAAAUCGUUUCUUGCCCAACUGUGGACUUUCCAAGCCAUACCGCACAAAUGAGCAUAAAUGCGAAUAAAUGAGGGGCAGGUAUUUUUAUACGGCCUAUAAGGUGUGAGUUAGUGUUUUAACUGUAAAUAGAAAUCCAAUGUCACCACUUAUCACAGCAGGACUAAAGGUCUUAUGAAUCAAUGGCCCCUAGAGGCCAAGAGCACAAGAGCCAUUUAUCCACCAGAAAUAAGGCACGUCAAUCACUGACACCCAUCACACCAAAUAAAAGGAAAGCAGCUAGGAGAUUACAGUACCGCUAGUCCUCAUCACCAGCAUCUGUUGACUCCACAUGUUGCAAGCAUGUCUAGGGUGGAAGGUUACGGAGAGUCUGACCUGCGCUCACAGUUACGAGCGUGUAGGACUGAGAUCGCCAUGGCAAUCCACGAUCCUUUCCCACUGCUGUAUGGGCUGGCAGAUCAGGACAUCAUCUCUGAACAGAUCCUGAGGGAGACUUUAGAGCGAAAGAAAAAGGAUGGGAUCCACAAAGCUGUCUACUCACUGCUCACUUUGCUACUGGACCAAGAUGCUACUGUCCUCCAGGCCUUCUGGAGCAAUCUCUGUAAAGAGUACAAUAAGGAUUGUUACCCAAAACUGGAAACCCUGUUUUUGAACCUCCCCAAAGGGUUAAAGCAGGUGGCCAGACACACUGGGACACGCUGGGACCGCAGCCAGUCAGGCAGAAAGAAAGGGGUGGCCGAAAAACACCUGACCCACCGGUCCCAUCACCACACCAAGAAAGCCAUAACCUCCAGCUCAGGAAGCAAAGGCAAGCCAUUGAGGAAGACAGAUGGUGCAGCACUUUCUCAGGUCUCAGUGGGAAAUGGGGUCCAGGCUGUAUCUACCUCAGUCCAGAGGGCCGUGGCUGUAUCUGCCAGUGAGCAUCCCACUGGCUGCGGGACAGUAGAGGGGAUUCUGAUCCAGCAAGUCAUUGAGUCUGGAGGUGCCAAAAAAUGCAUCAAGGUUGGAGGAGAAUUCUACUCUUCUGGUAAACUGGAUGAGACAGUUGGAGUGCACAAGGCACAGACUGCACAAAACUAUAAUCACCAGCAGGGAGAGCCAAGCACCAGAGUCAUGGAUGUGGAGCAUAAUGAUGAUGAGUGUGCAGUGUGUAAAGAUGGUGGGGAGCUCAUCUGUUGUGAUGGGUGUCCUCGCGCCUUCCACCUCACCUGCCUGGUGCCGCCCCUCGCCUCCAUACCCAGUGGUACAUGGCGCUGUCAGCUAUGCCAAAGCAACAGAGCGAAGGACAAGACAUACAACCCCUUGCCGCCUACAGUUCACCCUCCAGUGACAGAGACAAGCUCCAGCUCAGCUGUGGACUUCUCCUUCUUCUCCUCUCUGUCCUCCACAGUCACAGCUCCACCUAUGUCUUCAGAUGGUCAAAUGGUUGGGAUCAGGAUGGCUUGUGGAAUUUGUCAUCUCAUCCAGGGAGAGCUGAUCACCUGUCCUCAGUGCCUGCAGAGUUAUCAUGCCCUCUGCAACUUCUCAAAUGGAAAGACCAGAUGUAGGAAUUGCUCCAGGUGUUGGGGUCCUGAAAGCGAAACAUCAUCAAGGAGUCUUCAGGUGAGUCAGCACAUGAGUGAUCAGGGCUUAACACCAUCAGAGCAGCUGUUCAACAGAGAUGAAAUGGACUCUAUAAUGGGGGAGAGCCCUAUAGAUGGGAUCCUGCAGUGGGCUUUCCACAACAUUUCACGUCCUCUUUCUGAGUCUCAAGGCUAUUUCCAGUGAUUCAGCGAGUCGAAUAAAUCUCUGCUGUGCCCAAAUCUCAGCAUUCCUCCUCGGUGUCUGAUGGGCUGACAUGAAGAAUAGACCACAUAGUUUCAAUAAUGUUUUGGGUCUAGAUCUCAAAAGUUAGUUUCUCCCGCAGGGUGUCUUCCCAUUAUUGUUUGAAUGAUCUCAAACUAUUUUUUGUGAAAAUAAGUACCAUAUACUGUAUAUACAAUACAACAUUUAACUUCAACCAAACCUAAAAUUAAGAAGAUAAUUUUCAACUUCCAACAUUAAAAUGAAACUUGAUGUUAAAUUUUAAUUUCAAGUACUGUACAUCAAUAAUAAAGGCAUUGCAUUGUAAGCGUCAUGUAAUACAGUACAUGUAAUCAAGUAUGUAUAUACAUGACUAUGGUACAGCAUUGUUACUAUGUUAGUCAUGGUAGACAUAUAUAUUUUUUGCAGAUGAAAAUUAUGCUGUGGUGGAUAGACUUACUGUGGCAUGUUACAAUGACAUGCGCAGUACAAAUAUAAAUACGUCAUAUUAAAAAAAAAAAAUCUGUUUCAAUGAGAUUUUGUCCAAAGAGAGACUUUUAGAAAGAUGUUUCAUCAGAUAAAUAGUUGCUGUAUCGUUAAACAACAGUACAACACUUCUGUCUCUCACAGUCUUUUUAUUCAAAAAAUAAUUAUAUCACUAACCUGAAUAAGUUUUAUAGAAGUCCUUGGCCAGAAAAAGGUUGAUAAUUAUGAAACCCGGAUUUUGAUUAAAUUGUAUUGUUCUGUAAUGGUAAAAUUCAUGUGAUAACCUCAAGAUAUGAGACAAUGGUCCAAGCAUGAAUAAAUGGAU